AGCCGGCCGCGCCGGGCGCCGGCCGACGCGGUGGGGAAGCCGAGCGCUGCGCGCGGGCGCGGGCAGGAGUUGAAGUUGCGUUCCCGGGGCUCGUUCUCCACGCUGCCGGGAGCAGCCCGAGAGGCGAGGGGCUCGCUUCGCCGUGCCAUCGAUUGGGCACCGGGCGCUGUUUUUUUUUUUCCUUCCCCCUCUCUUUCUUUCCCUCCGUCUUGUUGCAUGCAAGAGCCUUGCAGCCCGCUGCUCGCCCGCCCCGGGCGCGAGGGCUCCAGCCCCGCUCUCUCCCGGCCAUUGUGCAACCCGAAGAUGAAAGACCGGAGGGGAGAAAGUUAAGGAAAUCGCCCACAUGCGCUGGAUCAGUCCACGGCUUGGGGAAAGGCAUCCAGAGAAGGUGGGAGCGGAGAGUUUGAAGUCUUUACAGGCGGGAAGAUGGCGGACUGGAGCUGAAAGUGUCGAUUGGGAAACUUGGGUGCUUCUUGUGUUUAUUGACGAUCCUCUUGACCCAGGCAGGACACAUGCAGGCCAAAAAACGCUAUUUCAUCCUGCUCUCAGCCGGCUCUUGUCUCGCCCUGCUGUUCUAUUUCGGAGGCUUGCAGUUUAGGGCGUCGCGGAGCCACAGCCGGAGAGAGGAGCUGGGCGGUCGGAAUGGCUUGCGCCGCCCGGGUCCCGAGCGCUUCUGGCCCCGCUUCCCGGACGCGCUGCGCCCCUUCGCUCCCUGGGAUCAGUCGGAAUACGGGGACCCCAGCGUGCACGUGUCCCCUCGGCAGAAGCGAGACGCCAACUCGAGCAUCUACAAAGGCAAGAAGUGCCGCAUGGAGUCCUGCUUCGAUUUCACCCUUUGCAAGAAAAACGGCUUCAAAGUCUACGUGUACCCGCAGCAAAAAGGGGAGAAAAUCGCCGAAAGUUACCAAAACAUUCUAGCGGCCAUCGAAGGCUCCAGGUUCUACACCUCGGACCCCAGCCAGGCGUGCCUCUUUGUCCUGAGUCUGGAUACUUUAGACAGAGACCAGUUGUCCCCGCAGUAUGUGCACAACUUGAGAUCCAAAGUGCAGAGUCUCCACUUGUGGAACAAUGGUAGGAAUCAUUUAAUUUUUAAUUUAUAUUCCGGCACCUGGCCCGACUACACCGAGGACGUGGGGUUUGACAUCGGCCAGGCGAUGCUGGCCAAAGCCAGCAUCAGUACUGAAAACUUCCGACCCAACUUCGAUGUUUCUAUUCCCCUCUUUUCCAAGGAUCACCCCAGGACAGGAGGGGAGAGGGGGUUUUUGAAGUUUAACACCAUUCCUCCUCUCAGGAAGUACAUGCUGGUAUUCAAGGGGAAGAGGUACCUGACAGGGAUAGGGUCGGACACCAGGAAUGCCUUAUAUCACGUCCAUAACGGGGAGGACGUUGUGCUCCUCACCACCUGCAAGCAUGGCAAAGACUGGCAAAAGCACAAGGAUUCUCGCUGUGACAGAGACAACACCGAGUAUGAAAAGUAUGACUAUCGGGAGAUGCUGCACAAUGCCACUUUCUGUCUGGUUCCUCGUGGUCGCAGGCUUGGAUCCUUCAGGUUCCUGGAGGCUCUGCAGGCUGCCUGUGUCCCUGUGAUGCUCAGCAAUGGAUGGGAGUUGCCAUUCUCUGAAGUGAUUAAUUGGAACCAAGCUGCCGUCAUAGGCGAUGAAAGAUUGUUAUUACAGAUCCCUUCUACAAUCAGGUCUAUUCAUCAGGAUAAAAUCCUAGCACUUAGACAGCAGACACAAUUCUUGUGGGAGGCCUAUUUUUCUUCAGUUGAGAAGAUUGUAUUAACUACACUAGAGAUUAUUCAGGACAGAAUAUUCAAGCACAUAUCACGUAACAGUUUAAUAUGGAACAAACAUCCUGGAGGAUUGUUCGUCCUACCACAGUAUUCAUCUUAUCUGGGAGAUUUUCCUUACUACUAUGCUAAUCUAGGUUUAAAGCCCCCCUCCAAAUUCACCGCGGUCAUCCACGCAGUGACCCCCCUCGUCUCUCAGUCCCAGCCAGUGUUGAAACUCCUCAUGGCCGCAGCCAAAUCCCAGUACUGUGCCCAGAUCAUAGUUCUAUGGAAUUGUGACAAACCCCUACCAGCCAAACACCGCUGGCCUGCCACUGCUGUGCCUGUCAUCGUCAUUGAAGGAGAAAGCAAGGUUAUGAGCAGCCGUUUUCUGCCCUAUGACAACAUCGUCACUGACGCAGUGCUCAGCCUCGACGAGGACACCGUGCUGUCAACUACGGAGGUGGAUUUUGCCUUCACCGUUUGGCAGAGCUUCCCCGAGAGGAUCGUGGGGUACCCUGCGCGCAGCCACUUCUGGGAUAACUCUAAGGAGCGGUGGGGGUACACGUCCAAGUGGACGAACGACUACUCCAUGGUGUUGACCGGAGCUGCUAUCUACCACAAAUAUUAUCACUACCUGUACACCCAUUAUCUGCCAGCCAGCCUGAAGAACAUGGUGGACCAGCUGGCCAACUGUGAGGACAUUCUCAUGAAUUUCCUGGUGUCUGCUGUGACAAAAUUGCCUCCAAUCAAAGUGACCCAGAAGAAGCAGUAUAAGGAGACAAUGAUGGGACAGACUUCCCGGGCUUCCCGCUGGGCCGACCCCGACCACUUUGCCCAGCGACAGAGCUGCAUGAAUACGUUUGCCAGCUGGUUUGGCUACAUGCCGCUGAUCCACUCCCAGAUGAGGCUCGACCCCGUCCUCUUUAAAGACCAGGUCUCUAUUCUGAGGAAGAAAUACCGAGACAUUGAGCGACUUUGAGGAACCCAGCCGAGUGAGGGAGGGGAAGCGAGAAGGGACUGAGUCAAGUGCUCUCUUCCCAGUGCAGAUCCGCUCAGCCGCGGAGCCAGAUUGUGCCAAGUAGCCAAAUAAACUUACCAUGAACAGAAUGACAAAAAGGCCAAUGAGAACUCGACUCCUGGCUCCUGGGACUGCUCCGGACUGCUCCAAACUCACCUCACUGGCUUCUAUGUCCCAAGACUAGGUUGUGUACAGUUUAAUUAUGGAACAUUAAAUAAUUAUUUUUGAAAUGAUUGCUAUGCAGGUUUAAACUUUUUUAAUGAUCAAAACUAUUAAAAACCAGAGUUCUUUCUUUAAUCAAAA